AUGAGCAGUACGCGUAGCAAACAGACGCGUCUGCUACGGCAGACAAGUAGGUUACAUGAAAUACAAGAGACACAGGGGAAAGAUUCACUCGAUAGUCACUAUUCACGUCUCAUGAUGGAGCUUGCAACGCUUUGUAGCGAUCGUAACAACGUUAUUACGACGGAAUCCCUUCAAUUUUUUGCUUCUAAUGGCCGUGCUGAACCUGUAAAACUCGAGCGUGCGGUCGAACGCUCGGAAAAAACACAGGAGAAGCCAAAUUUGACGACAAAACAGGACGAUCUCUUGAAUGCCGACACGGCACGACGACAACGGGUUGAAGAACUGACGAGGUUCUUUAUGGAGGCGAAAUCGGACAUUGAAUUUGCAUUGGGAGGAGGUCGAGACUUUGUCGAAGCAAAAGAAAAGGACAAAGAAGUGACGGAAGAAGAAGACGAACGAGAGGAAGGGGUAGAGGAAGAAGGAGAUGACGACAAGGAAAAGGACGAGACGGGAUGCGAUCCCGAGAAAGAGCUCGUGAAGAUUCAUAUCAAGUUGUUGCGAGAUAAAGUGGAUACUCGCGUGUACAACGUGAUGCUCGGGCAGAUUCGAGAACAAGAUCCAGCGCUCUAUGGAGCGAUUUUAUGUCAUCCACUUGUCACGGGUGUGGAUCUGAAGAAAGAAAAGAAGAAGAAGAAGAAACGGAAAGAGAGAGAACGGAAAGAGAAACAGUUGUUGGCUGGGCAAAAGAGUAGUGGAGUAGGUAUGCUCACGCCGGAUUUGACAGCUGAACCGUUGGCGGAGGAAGAGAUGAAGAUGAACAUUAGUUGUUUUGUAGCGAGGAGUAUUGCUGAAGGAUCGUUGCAAGGAUUAAUGCUUGCAGCGAAGCUAGUGUUGUUGUUUUUGAAGUGCCAGAAUAAGGUGGAUGACGCACCACCCCCGACGUUUCUGCUUGCGUCGCAUCUUCGUGUGCUGCGUGGAGAGAAAGCUCCGGAGUAUAAGGUGAAGAAGACAAACAUUGGGACAACUUUGACAACAAACGAAAUCACAACACCGACAAAAGCAGAUCAGUCGAGGUCAGAUACGGCUGCCCUUGAAAGUGCCGAUGAUGGGACGGAGUUGCAAAGUGUCGUCUUGGAAGCUGCCGCCUCUGCCGAAAUGGAUUUGGACUCUGACAGUGGAUCAAUUGCAAAGCUUCGUGCUCGAUUGAGUCGAUUUGGCGAUGACAGAGAGGAUGAAGAAGAUGGAGAUGAGGGCGAAGAAGAAGAUCUCAAUCGUGGAGAAGGCGAAGACAGUUUGGGUGGAGAAGGCGUGGAUGAAGAUGCGCUCAUGGCCCGCGCAAUUGCAUUGUCGCUGUCUCCCGAGGUCAACUUGCGGGAUCAAAAUGACGGAUCUUCGACUCCUUACAGUGAAAACAAACAAGAUGGAGCGGUAACGAAAAGCGGUUCCCCCGAAGUGAAAACUCGCCCUCCCAAGUUCUCGGCUGAGGAGUUGUUAGAGCUUGGCCCAUUUGCACUUCCUGGUGCAUCGAGUGCAGAAGUCGACGGAGUUACUGUUGUGAUGGCAUUGAUAGCCCAGAUGACUAAAAUAUGUCUGGAGUAUCUCAAAUCGUGCCAGCAGGGAGAACUUCCGAACAAAUCACCUGUUCAGCCGCAUCCACUGACGUUCAUGCUCCUCAACUCUUUGCUGAGAGAUUUGCAUACAUCAACCUCCCCCCUUCUCAGUGGGCUGAUAAUUUGGAUUGGGUUGCAAAAUGGCGCUUGUUCUUGUCGUGCUCGAUGCUUUCACUUUUUCGAGUACUAG